GGCUCGCAUCGCUGCCAUGGGCCAGCCCCGGCUCCCGGCCCGCCGCGGGCUCGGCGGCUGCGUCCUGGUGCUGCUGCUGCUCCUGGGCGGCUCGGGCAGCCCCGGCACAACGCCACCGCCCCGGCCGCCCUGGGCAGAGGAGCAGGGACCCGACCCCGAGGGGACACCGUGGGGCACGGUGAGGUACGAGGCCGUGAAGAAGCAUUUGGGAGCUGUGGGUGCUCUCUCCAAGCAGUAUUGGCAGUACUUGGCGUGCAAGGUGUGGCAGGAGGGCUGCGAGGAGGGAGAGAAGCAGCGGGAGAGAGAAGGAGAGACCGGUCCCAUCCUAAGCUGGGGCUUUCCUCUGAUCGGCCGGGAUUACCUGGAGAUCCUCUCUUCCUGGUACUGCAGCUUCGGCAAGUGCUGCGAGACGGGAGACUGCAGGAUAAUCAACAACAUCACAGGGCUGGCGGCAGACCUCAGCGGGCAGCUCCACGGGCAGCACUUGGCCAAGGAAGUGGUGGUGCAGGCGGUGCAGGGGUUCCUGCAGAGCCCACAGCCCCAGAAGGCUCUGGUCCUGUCCUUCCACGGCUGGUCUGGCACAGGGAAGAACUUUGUGGCUCGGAUGGUGGCCAAUCACCUGUACCGGGAUGGGCUGAAGAGUGACUGUGUCAGGGUGUUUGUCUCCCUCCUCCACUUUCCACAUCACAACUACGUGGACUCCUACAAGGUCCAGCUACAGAGGCAGAUCAGUGAGACCCUGCAGCGCUGCGGGCAGCCCCUGCUCAUCUUCGACGAGGCCGAGAAGCUGCAUUCCAGCCUCCUGGAUGCCAUCAGGCCCGUCCUGGCUCAAGAUGACAGCAAGGGCCAGGUGGAUCAGCAGAGACCCAUCUUCCUCUUCCUCAGCAAUCUUGGUGGGAACACUAUCAAUGAGGUCGCCCUGGACUUCUGGCGAGCCGACCGGGCACGGGAGGAGAUCUCCUUGGAGCUCCUGGAACAGCGGCUGCGGCAGGAGCUGCAGGAUGCUGCAGAGAAUGCCCACAGCCACCUCCUCAGAGAGAACCUCAUCGAUUUCGUGGUGCCAUUCCUGCCUCUGGAAUACCAGCACGUGAAGCUCUGCGCACGGGAUGCCUUCCUGGCCCGUGGGCUUCCCUACACCGAGGCAACGCUCGACAAGGUGGCCCAGAUGAUGGUGUUUGUCCCCAAAGAGGAGAAGCUUUUCUCUGCACAGGGCUGCAAAUCCGUGUCCCAGCGCAUCAAUUAUUUCCUUCCUUGAACACGAGGUGGGACCACACGUAUGCUGAAGGUGGUUCUGCACUCUGAGAGCUGCUCUCUUCAGACAGGAUCAGAAGUGGCUGACCAGCCACGACUUGCACAGGGACUUAACAGAGACUUAGACCCCCUGUUACUCCCAGAGCUGUUGCAGGGAAGGAGGUGCAUCCCUUGCUCCUGGGAUGUGGAGACAGCCUGUGCUUGGUGGUGUUUGGAGUCUGUCUGGUGUUUUAAGUCCCUUCUUUUAGCUGGCAGUAGCCUGAAGGGGUGAUGUGGUUCUGCUGGCAGAUGCUGUUCCAUGUGAGUGAGGACCGGGAAUGCCCAAGUCCUUGGUUUGUUGCUGUGUGGUGAAGGGAGGCCUUGGACAGGCUGGUCCUGUUGAGACAGCAUGGCUGAAGCCACAUUCCUGUCCCCAGUUUUCUCAGUCACUUUACAAGGUCACCCAGAACUGUUUUGCUGGAGGUGAGUUUUUUCCCUUUGUUGCUCUCAUGCCUUUCUAAGGUGUCUGCUGCUCAGGGACACAGGGGCCAGGAUUGUAGUCUGUGCAGGGAGAAAAGGACUGAAUAAUCUCCUCUGGAGAUGCUAAAUCCAUAGCUCUCACCACAGAGUGUCCACCUCUCGCUGGAGUCUUCCGUUGUAUGGAAGCAGCUGCUGGGGUGAGGGGAACUUCUGCUGCAGAUAUUUUUCUGAGUGGGUUGGUGAAGAGCCCAUUUCCUUCACUGCAAAACCAAAAAGGGGAGAGAACUCUUCUGCAAAGGGCAGAUGAGGAGGAUGGCUGAAGCAUCAGGCUGCAGUAAAAUGAGAGUUUUCGUGGAUGCAGUGGAAGCUUGGUUUUUUCCCUUUCUUUUUUCGUUACUCUCUUCAGUACAUUUCAUGCUAUGGUUUUUUGGCUGGUUAUCAGCAUUAUUAUUAUUACUAUUACAGGGGUCUGUUUGCUGUCUGGGUAGUCAGCAGGUGAUAAGUGCAGCAGCUCCAAAAAAUUUCAUCAGUGUUACGGGAAUCACUCUGUGACCUCUGGGUCAAAACUCCCUUCCAACAGGGCUGUGUUGGCGAGGAGUGAAACAGCACCUGCCAAGGACAGGGCUUGGCUUCCCAGCCACCCCACAGGGAGACCUUUGAUCUAUUUUAAGCUUUGACCCAUUUUGCAGUGCCACUGAUGAGCGGCACGACCUCUGGGAAAGAUUGACCAGACAGACGUGUCCGAGCCCUGCAGACUUUGAGUCCCUGCUUCCCUCUGGGCAUGCUGGCUCCGUUAUCUAACAAGGCUUCAUAGUCCAAGGCAGAGAUGAGCCAGCUGCUUUCCCACUGCUCAGCCAGUGCAGGUGGCUUAACCCAGCUGUGUGCAAUGGGCUUUCAGGCUGUGCCAGCAUGCAUGUGAGGCAUUUCUGAGACUUGGUUUAUGGUUAAUUUGCAAUGUCAGAAACCUAGGAAACAUUGGGGGCAGUGCCUCCAGCUGAGGCAGGGAGGUUGCUGCCUCACAGGACACAACUCGGAUUGUUUGGUUACCUGGGCAGAAAGUUUAGCAAGAUGGUUGUUGAAGAUUAGUUGCCAAAAGGUUGUGUGUAAGCCAGGAUACCGUGGGAUUUUUUUGUAAAUGUGGAGAAGUGUUCAGCUGGGCUAGGCUGCCACAGGCUGGGGUGGCAGGAGGGCGGUGGGGGACUGGUUUGAGGUGGCCACGGGAGCAGCUCUGGCUGCUGAGGCAGUGCUGGUGACAUUGCCGAGGGUGAGGCAAGAGCUGAGUGUGUGUCACACUUGGGUGAGCUCUGAUCAGCCCUACAACAGCAAGAGCUGCUCUGUGACCACACCAGGGCAACAGUCUGCUUCUAAAUACAUACCACAUAAAUAAAGAUACUGCUUUUUUUGCAA